CAACUGGUUCGACGAUGAGCUCUUCAAGGCUCUCGGACCUGUCAUGGGCGGAACUGCGGGAACAGGCCCGCCGCAUCGGACGUCGUUGGAUCCCCGAGGAGCUACCGAUCGCACAAGAGGAAGUGAUGCCCAAGGAGACUGACAGAGAACUACCUCUGCAGCUCUCGAACCUGUCGUGGGCAGAGCUGCGUGAACGGGCUCGGCGCAUCGGCCGUCGUUGGAGCUCCGAGGAGCUGCCGACCGGGUGUGCUUCCACAGGAGAAGAGCAACCGCUGGUUGUGCAAGUUGACUCACACGGUGACAUUGAGAGGCGAGCAGAGCAACCGGACAUGAAGGAGGUUUUGGCCAUCGAGCCGCCAGCCACGGAAGAGCUUCCAAAUGUCACCAACAAACAGCAGCAGCUUCCGACAACAUUAGUCACCAUGACUGCGACUUCAUCAUCAACAUCACUUGCAGCGAUUGAACAACCAUCCAAGGCUACCGAGGCUACUGUUGCGAUCGUGAGUGAGGAAGAAGGUGAGAGGACCAACGCCUCUAAGGAAGAAACCCGAACUAAGGGGCCGGAGAGGAGGUCAGUCACGGCCCGAGUGGCGAACUGGCGGUACCAGAAGAAGGGGAGCACGAGAGUCCAUCUCCUGGCGAACGGCGGCACCACGGAGAAGGCAGCGCAGGUGUUGAGCGGGGCGGCUCCGUCAUCGCCUGCCAUCCGCCUAACGGUUCGCUCGUGGCCGGGAAAAGGAUCAAGGAAGAAGAUCGAGUCGCCAGAGAAGGAGCCGAAGAUGAGGUCGGCGUCGGGAUGGUCCUCAAAACGUCGGGUCGCGCUGGUCGCCGCCGGGGACAUCGAAGAAGGAGACGAGGAAGAAGGCGAAGGAGGUUGGUGGCGGCGGGGAUUUCAUGGGUUUCGCCAAACCUUGGUCGCCUAGGGUUGAACGAACGGAUCGGCUAGGGGGAGCUGGAUCGGGCCGAGCAAGUUGGGUAAUGGGUCUGGAAAUCAUUGGUUUCGUUGGGAUUGAUCAGUCAACCCGGGCCGAGGGAGGAUUAGCAUGUGGGCCAAGUCAGAGAGAGCCCAACCAUUGUCAAGAAACAAAUUUGUCAAGU